AUGACUAAGACUGUCGUGAUCCUAGGAGGUUCCUACGCCGGCCUUCACGUUGCCCACUACCUCCUGAAGCAAAAGAUCCAGGAUGUGAAGGUGGUUCUCGUUUCGAAGAACAGCCACUUGUACUGGAACAUGGCCUCGGUCCGCGCCGUCAUCCCGGGCGUUCUCAAGGACGAGGAGCUCUUCCACCCGCUGUCAACGGCUCUCUCGCGGUACCCGUCGUCCAGCUACGAGCUGAUCAUCGGGACUGCCGACGCCGCCGACUUCGCCACCAAAACGGUGACCGUCUCCCCGCUUGACGGCAGCGGCAUCAGGACUCUCCCGUACGACGAGCUCGUGCUCGCCACGGGCGCGCGCUCCGCCGUCACCGCGGGCGGGCCCGAGGUGCCCUGGAAGGCGGCGGGUUCGUACGAGGAGGCGGUCACGCUGAUCCGCGAGACGACGUCACGUGUCGACGCGGCGCGCCACAUCGUCGUCGGCGGCGCGGGCGCCACGGGCGUCGAGCUCGCCGGCGAGCUGGGCUUCGAGUACGGCCGGAAGAAGGCAAAGGAGAUUGUGCUUCUCGCUGGCGGGCCCGAGAUCCUGGGCGGCGACGCCAUCGCCGGCAACGCGCGCUCCCAGCUGACAGGCCUGGGCGUCACAGUCAGGACGGAUGCGACGGUCGAGAGCGUGAGGCCUGCCGCCGCGGCGGACGGGAAGACGGAGGUGGUGCUGCGGAACGGGGAGGUCAUCACGACGGAUCUGUACCUGCCCACCACGGGCAUGGUCCCCAACUCGGAGUACGUCGACACGAAGUAUCUGGACGACGAGCAGCAUGUGCCCGUCGACCAGUACUGCAAAGUCAAGGGCGUUGAUGGCGUGUGGGCUCUUGGAGACCUCGUUUCGAAGCCGAGGGCGGGGUUCUUGAUCACGCAGAAGCAGGCUGUCGGCGUGGCAAAAAACAUUGGCGCCGUGUUGAGGGGUAAAGAGCCGGCCGUGGUCAAGGGUCUACCCUUUGACAUCUUCUCCUGCGCGGUCGGCCGGGGCGGGGGUGCCGGCCGGCUCGGCUCGGUCAAGAUAUUCUCUACCAUGGUGUGGCUGGCCAAGGGACGCACCCUUGGCCUGCAGAUGAUUCCCAGUUACGUCGACGGCAGUGUUGCAUAG